AUGAAUGUGUCUGACAGACAUGCGGUGGAUUUAAGCAGCGGCUUGGAGGAUGUUCCUGUUUUAUUUACAGGGCUGACACUUCCUACAUUUCAGUAUUCCCCAGAUAACGUCCAGGGACCAGGAUGCACCGUUGACCCCAGUGAAGUCACCGUGCCCGGAUGCUCCUGCCGUUCACACUCCUGCUUCACUGAGAGCUGCUCCUGCCUGCAGACUCACGGUCGGGCAUACAGCAGCACCGGCACGCUGCUGGAACUCACCAGAACAGACUCUGGUUACUGCUCACCUGCGUUUGAGUGUAAUGCCCUCUGCACCUGCAGUGACGCCUGCUCUAACCGGGUGGUGCAGAGAGGCCUGCAGCUCAGGUUGGAGGUCUUCGGCACUCGCAACAGGGGCUGGGGAGUUCGCACACUGGAGGAAAUCCCACGUGGGACAUUUGUGUGCGAGUAUGCAGGGGAGGUGAUCAGCUUUGGAGAGGCCAGACGCAGACAACUUGCCCAGAGAUCUGAAGAAAAUAAUUACAUAAUUGCAGUAAGGGAGCAUGCAGGUACAGGCUCCAUCACUGAGACGUUUGUGGACCCUGCUCAGGUGGGAAACGUAGGACGCUUCCUCAACCACUCCUGCCUGCCCAACCUGUUCAUGUUGCCAGUACGCGCGCACUCCGUAAUCCCUCGACUGGCGCUGUUCGCUGGACGGGACAUUGAUGCUCAAGAGGAGUUGACAUUCGACUAUUCAGGAGGAUACACUGACCAGAAUCCUGUAGAACUGCUGUCCACGCAAAGCGAGUCGGCCGUGCAGGCCAGUAGGACAGAUGGUCUCCAGAGGAAAGCAUGUCACUGUGGUGCCAAUAAGUGCACACGCUUCCUGCCUCUUGAUUUAUCUAUUCUCAGCUGAAGAUGAUCUAAAAUGAACUCCACUUUAUGUUUGUUUUCAUCCGAAUGUUAAGCAAUGGAGUCGUUUCUCUCAAGCCUGAUGCCUUUCCUGCGAAUUUUCUUUAUUCAGUUAUCUGCUGGUUUAUUUUCAGUUUCCUUGAAAUCGUGGUUAAUUCAGCCGCUCAUUAGAACAACACAAUGCAACACGUUGGUGGCUCCAUGAGCACAAUUAGCUGCAUGAGUCAUGUCUGCGCUCGUCAUUGUUUCCUGUUUAGUCCCCCGAGUGUCUCUUGAUCUGCCACUGUCCUAAUGCCGUCUCCCACUCGCUGUAAGAUGAUGCAAUGAAAAGCAGAGUAACAAGUUUUUAUUUUUCGGGGGAACUUGUUGACAUUCCUAUCUGUUCGGUGUAGGACGUGUCCCAGCGGAUUUACACCCAUCAUCUUGUCCUGGCACACUUAAGUCCCAUUUGUCACAUCACACAUGAAUCUGGAAGCAGAAGGAAAACCAUUUGCACCGGCAGAUGUGAAAGGAAUGAUGUUUAAUAGGUUUCUUUUAAUAGCCACGUAGGACAAAACAGUUUUUUUUGCACCCUUACAGUUGCUAAAGCUCAGUGCAAGGGAAGAUUCGAUGUCACUGGAAAAAGGAAAACUCACAUAGAAAGUAAUAGCCUGUCACGUCUCCGUCAGCUUGACAUUUCUUUGUUGUUGUCGUGCAAUGCGGCCUCCCCUUCUAGAUAUUCUCGGCUUCUCAUCGCACUCAAGCCCUCAAGAGAGGUGGGACCAAUUAAAAAGGGCCAAGGGGUAUAGUUUAUAUAGAAACAGACUUUAUUCCCCUGUCAAAGGAGGGGCGAAGGUGUCCCACUUUAGCGUGACCAUUCUGAAAUCAGGACCUUCUCCUCUCAAUCUGCCCCGUUUCCAGUCUAGACCUGCUUUCAUCUUAUUAAUAUCCACAUCUGGGUUAAUUAGGAUGGAGACCAUGUUUCAUCCAGAAAUGGGACCAGUGCUCCAGCCACACUGGGGCUGAGAGAGACUAAAUGGUGGUGGGGAUGGGAGGGGGGGGAGGAAGCCUCCUGCUGAUCGGAGACGGCUGUCAAGUUGAUUGGUUUUUUUGUGUCACCCAUUGGACAGGCAAGUGUUGUAUCGACCUAUAUUUUCUCCUCUGUGAGGGUUACCUGAGAUUCUUUCUGCUCAGAAUGGGCUGUUCUUUGCACCUCGUUUGAUCCACAUUCAGGAUUUAUAAACCAUAAAGGAAUAGUUUUAAAUUUUGGUAAAAGCUUUUAUUAACUUUCUUUAAAAGGGUUAAAUGAGAAGAUCCAUAUCUUCUCUUGUGUGCAAUGUGAAUACGAAGUAGCCCCAGCAAACAAUUAGCAUCAUGUAGGCUGAAAUGAAGGUAAAACAGCUUGUGUGUGUCUGUUCAAAGGUUACAAAACUACCUUUAGAGCACCUUUACUGAGCUACAUGGUGGGCUUUUCCUGGCUCAGAAUGGGUCUUUUGGGGGGAUAAGCGUGUCCAACUGUGAGCGUGAUCAGCCUGCACAUCAUAAAUGUUUUGUGACAGAAA